UCCCCGCACGGGUGGUGGAGCCCGGUCUCGGCGCGGGUUCCUGUCGCUUUGAACGCGGCUGGCGGGAGCGCUGCUGUUGUGCCACCCGUUCUGGUUCUCGACACCCUGAGGCGUUCCCCGGACUGGGAACUUAUGGAAAAAUCAUUGCAUCAGACUUAUGAAGAUGAGAUUCAAUGCCUCCAGGAAGAAAUCCGAAUUUUGGAGCAAAAGGCCAAAGAGACUCAGAUUAAUUCUCAAGAGUUUCUGAAAAACAUGCAUCUGCAAAAAGAAAAGUUCAGUGUGCAAAAUCCUGAGUCAUGGAAAUGCUCAACAACUGAUCUGGAGGCACAAGUUGAACAGGCUAAAUCUCAGAUUGCAUUGCUGGCUCAGUUAACUGGCAUUGACUUCAUUAAACACACCAUGACAACGGUCAGUGAAGGUAACAAAAAAACAAAGCAGUACAGAUUGUCAGGCUGCAGCCAUUCACUACAUUUUGACCUUGAAUUUGAAUUAACUGAGAUUCAGACUGAAAAAUGUGUCAUGGCUACUGUUACAGAUCUGAACAUUAUUUUGGAAUUAAGCGACGUUUGUGAUUUGAGCAGAUUUAUAUCCAGAACUGAAGAAAAGAAGAGCCUCCUACUGUUUUUCAGAACUAUCUCAAUCUUUGCAAAAUGGUAUGAAUAUCGCCAAGUUACUUUCAGACAUUUCAAGGAUGGAAGAUACAGAGGAAACUUGUACAAGUCAGAAAUUACGUGCACAGAUGAUUAAAGUGAAUUAAAAGCA